GCCUUUUGGCUAAGAUCAAGUGUAGUAUCUGUUCUUAUCAGUUUAAUAUCUGAUAUGUGGGCCAUGUGUCCACUUCGAUAUUAAAUUUAUUUUUUGUGGGACAGGGCUCGCACCAGUAGCUUGCUACUGGGGUCCUCGCGUGUCGGUCGGGCGUUGCACUACUGCCCGAGCCUGGCGCACCCCAACCAACACGAUAUAAAUUGUUUUGUUGGGCCGUUCCUUGGGCCGUCCUUGGCUCUUCCCGGUCGCCCGAACCAAAAUUGAAUUUUAAAGUUUUAAGUUGGCCAUUUGUACAGAGGACCAUUCUGUAGGAUUUUUGGUCAGUUAACGUUUUCGAUUCUCAUUAGCAGCCUGAACUUGCCAGGUAAUAUAGGUUAAGCUAAAAAUCAGUAAAUUGCUAUUAGAAUCUGUAUGCGCGGAAGAACUCAUCACUGCAACAGAAUAACUAAACCUAAUUUAUAUUGGGUUAAGUUUCAAACCAUAAAUUUGAUUAAUAUACUUUAUACCUAAUUUUGAACAAUGGUUAGUUUGAUAUGUUCUCUCACCUACAGUAACAUGAAAUUUCUAUAGAAUCCUCCGGAAGGACCAAUAUCCAGUAAGAUAUCUACAUCGUUGUUUAGCCCUUUGUGCAUCUGCUUUUUUACAUAAAUAGAUUUCUAAAUUUAUCCUAUUUUCAUGGUGUUUUAAAGCAUUUCUUAGUUAUAUAUUGCUCUUUACAGUGUUUUGUCUACUAUUAAUUUCAACUUUAUUCAAAGAAUAGUGGUAUAAACUCUACUUUUUGUUUUGAAUACUUGUAAUGUGUCUUAAUCACAAUUGAUAGGACAAGUACUUCUUUUUUUACAACAAACACAUCUUCAUUUCAACAGCAUCGACCUGUUAUCCGUGAUACAGAGUUGUAUUGCAGUUUUUUCACUAAAGUGCACUGGUUUUCACGAGCCAGUGCAAAUGCUUUGCUUUGCUUAUUUGAAAAUUUUAAUCCGAUAAUAAUAUUGUGAUUUAUGCAUAGAUACAAACAAUAAAAAUUUCGUAUGUGGAGAUACCCGAGAAGGGUUCGGGUGAAUGUUACAUUACACAAAAACGAUGAAGGGAUCGGUUGAUCGGAGAAGGCGACACUCGGAACGGAAAAUAGCAGCAAAGGCUACAUCUAAAUUUGGAAUAAUAUUAUACAAUAGCAACACCUAGCUACACACACGGCGCCUUCGGCGAUGCGAUGCGUGCAUGCCGCUGAGGCAGACUCGGAGCGGGCAGGGGCGGACGACGCGCGCGCGCGCACGACGGCUUGGCUCCCGCCUCCCCGCGCGCGGCAAGCCGGCACGGCAAUGGCGCUCCCGACCAUCCCUCCCCGCGCCCUCCUCCUCCUCCUCCUCCUCUCCGUCCUCCUCCUCGCGCACCCCGCCGCCGGCGCCGGCACCGGCUCGGAGUUCGACGACGGCACCUCGCCCAAGUUCCCCGGCUGCGACAACACGCUCCAGAAGGUGAAAGUGACGUACUGGGUGGACGGCGACGAGCGGAGCAGCCUGACGGGGAUCAGCGCGAGGUUCGGCGUGGUCCUGCCGGACGCGGCGUCCGACGACCAGAAGCAGCGGGCCGUCGUGCCCAGCCCCAAGAACGGCUGCGCCAAGUCGUCCACGCAGCUCACCGGCUCCGUCGCCGUGGCGGUGCGCGGGGAGUGCACGUUCAUCGAGAAGGCCAAGGCGGCCGAGGCCGCUGGCGCCGUCGCGAUUCUCCUCGUCAACGACGAGGACGACCUGCAGAGGAUGGUCUGCUCCGACAAGGACCCGCCUCCCAACAUCGGCAUCCCCGUCGUCAUGGUCUCCAAGUCCGCCGGCGACAAGGUCCAGUCGGCCAUCGGGAACGGGGCCAAGGUCGACAUCCUCAUGUACGCGCCGCUGAAGCCGUCCUUCGAUGGCGCCAUACCUUUCCUCUGGAUGAUGGCCGUCGGCACGGUGGCCUGCGCCUCGGUGUGGACCGUCGCCGUCGUCGGAGAAGAGCCUACCAAGCCGGGCGAUGUUUCCCUGGGUGGGGAGGAGAACCCGGACGCCGAGGUGGUGGAGCUGCAAACCCAGACGGCGCUCGUGUUCAUCGUCACGUCCUCGCUUGUCCUGCUCUUCCUCUUCUUCUUCAACUCCGUCUGGUCCGCCUGGCUCCUGGUUUCCCUCUUCUGCCUCGGGGCUGUCCAUGUACAUACCCAAUUAAUUCCAAUGAACUUUGCUGCUUCACCUGAUCGACGACGAACUGCAGUCACCUCAUUUGAAACUUGUCAUCAUCUAAUCUACUUGCAGGGAAUGGAAUUCGUGGCAUCAUCUCUCAUUGUAAGACUCUGCCAGCGGUGUCGCGAGGCGAAAGCGAAGCUUCCUGCUAUAGGGAACGUGAAGGUGGUCACGCUAGUCAUGUUGCCGCUAGCCUUCAUCUUCGCCUUGGCCUGGGUUACGCACCAGAACUCACCGCUUGCUUGGGUUGGUCAGAACCUCAUGGGCAUCUGCAUGAUGAUUCUAGUAUUGCAAGUGGUGCAUAUGCCAAACAUAAAAGUUGCGACGGCGCUCCUUGUGGCGGCUUUUUUCUACGACAUAUUCUGGGUCUUCAUAUCACCCCUUUUUUUCAAGAAAAGCGUCAUGAUCACAGUUGCUCGUGGCACUGAUGAUGGGCCGAGCCUUCCAAUGGUGUUGAAGAUGCCAAAGGAAUUCGAUUCGUGGAAUGGGUAUGACAUGAUUGGAUUCGGGGACAUUCUCUUCCCAGGACUGCUUGUUGCUUUCAGUUUCAGAUUUGACAGAACACACGGCAAAGACUUGACAGACGGCUAUUUCCUCUGCCUAAUGAUCGGUUAUGCCUUUGGCUUGUCAUGCACAUAUGUUGGCUUGUACCUAAUGAAAAGUGGCCAGCCAGCUCUGCUCUACCUUGUUCCUUCAACACUAGGAGUUAUCGUUUUGCUUGGAGCGAAGAGGGGGGAGCUCGGUCAGCUGUGGAACGCCAAGGCGUAACCUAUCUGGGAGGCUCAUAGCUGAUAUGAUGGCACUGGUUGCAGGCUUCAAAUGGGCUUUGGUUUAGGUAGACUUGUGCUCACGUAUCUGAUCGGUUUUUGGUGAAAUUAUGCCAAUCAUAAGCAUGAUCCAUGGUUAGGAGAUUUCUUUGUUUGAGCGUGAAACACACACGAAGGGUGGUUAAAUUAUACUAGCCUGCUGCAGAGCACAAUGCAAGUCAAAGUCGUUAGCGUGAUGUAAAUUUGAGCAAAAUUAGACGAUAUUUGUUCCUGUCUUCCUGACAUGUUUGAUUACAGGCAAUGUAAAGUUCCUAUAGUCAUUCAGAAGCUGCUCCAUUUCCUGGAAGAUUGUCUACAUGCUCCCUCCGUUCUAAAAUGUAUAUAGCUUUUUUUAUCCUAAGUUAAGCUUCACAAAUGUGAAUAAAGUUUAUAGAAAAA